AUGAGUAUUAGUCGUGUUGUUAUUACUGGUCUUGGUAUUGUAUCACCAUUAGGUGUUGGUGUAGAAUUAAAUUGGCAUCGUUUAUUAAAAAAUUAUUCAGGUAUUGUUUCACUUGAUGAAAAAGAAUAUGCUGGUAUUCCAUGUCGAAUUGCUGGUCGUGUACCAAUAAGUUCAGAAAAUCAAAAUCAAGAUGGUUCACUUAAUUUUUCGAAAUAUUUUACACGAAUGUCUGAUUUAAAAUCUAUGUCAUUAGCAAGUGUAUUUGCACUUGUUGCUGCUCAAGAAGCAAUUGAACAAAGUCAAAUACUUUCAGCAGAUAAUGAUCGAACACGAAUUGGUGUCUCAAUUGGUAAUGGUAUAGCUGGUCUAACAAAUACAUGUAAUAUAUGGGAACAAAUGAAAACAAAAGGAAUAUAUCGUGGAAUGAGUCCAUUUUAUAUAACACAAAUUUUACCUAAUUCAUCAGCUGGUCAUAUAUCAAUUCGACAUAAAUUACAAGGACCUAAUCUUUGUAAUAGUUCAGCUUGUGCAGCUGGUGUUCAAGCUAUUGGCGAUGGUUAUAAUAUGAUUCAUCUUGGUCAUGCUGAUGCUAUGAUAUGUGGUUCUACAGAAGCAACAAUUAAUCCAAUAACAAUAUCAGGUUUUGCACGAAUGCGUGCUCUUUCAACAUCAUUUAAUGAUCAACCUAAACUUGCAUCACGUCCAUUUGAUCGACAACGAGAUGGUUUUGUUAUGGGUGAAGGAGCUGCUAUUCUUGUAUUGGAACGACUUGAAUAUGCUGAAAAACGAGGAGCGAAAAUUUUCGGUGAAAUACUUGGUUAUGGUUUAAGUUCAGAUGCAAGUCAUAUUACAAAUCCAAGUGGAUUAGGAGCAUUGAAUUGUAUGAAAAAUGCAUUAGAUAAUGCUCGUUUGAAUACGAAAGAUAUUGGUUAUGUAAAUGCGCAUGCUACAUCAACUCCAAUCGGUGAUCGUAUUGAACGACAAGCCAUUACACAAUUAUUUCAAUCAAGUAAUUCAAAUGUUUUAAUUUCGAGUAAUAAAGGUCAUACAGGUCAUUUACUUGGUGGUGCUGGUUCUCUUGAAUCUAUAUUUACUGUUCUUGCUUGUUAUCAUGCUAUAUGUCCUUCAACAUUAAAUUAUAAAAGUAAUAGUGAUGAAUCCGAAGAUUCAUCAUUAUUAAAUAUUAUUUCUGAUGAUAAAUCAUUAUCAUGGAAUAAUAAAAAACGUAUUGCAUUGAAAAAUUCAUUUGGUUUUGCACGAUUGCGCUCAAUACAACAACCAAAAGAAAAAAUUAAUGAACAACUUUUAUGUCCUGAUAGUGAUACAUAUAGGAAAAUGAUGAAUGAAACACAAUUUGAAUAUUAUUAUGAUAUUAUUAAACAAUGGACAUUUCCAUCAGCUAUUUUAUCAAUGAAUGAAGAUGACAUAAGAGCAUUGCAUAAUGGACAUUUACUGUUUAAAAAUUCUUCAUUAGAUGAUGAUGAUAAAAAAACUGAAGAAUGUUUUCAACAGUAUCCACAAUUGUUUAAAUUAUCAAAUGCAAUUGAUACAUGUGAUAUUCAACGUCCAAUAUUUGUACGUUUAUCGACAAGAAGUCCAAAAGAUGCAAUUUUAUUAUUGAAUAAAGAGAAAUUUAAACGACUUUUUCAAAAAGUAUUAAAUGAAAUGGAACCUGAUGAUACAUCCGAACGUAAUCGACGUUUAAUUGCACUUGAUGAAACAUCAAUCCGUUUGUUAGCUGUAAAUAAUGGUUUUCAUGCAAUACAACUUCUACUUGCUAGUGAACGCAUUCAAGAUGAUCUAAUAUCAGGUUUAUCAUUGAAUUUAAUAAUUCGUCAAUUUAUAAUUGAUCGUCGAAAUUUAAAAAGUGAAUUUCGUGCAUUUAUAUAUAAACAUCAAUUAACAGCAUUAACACAAUAUAAUGAAUAUAUAUUUGAUAAGAAUUUAUUUAAAAAAAAAGAUUUUAUAUUAAAAUCUAUUAAAGAUUUUUUUCAAAAUGAACAUAUACUUGAACGAAUUCCUUAUGAAAAUUUUAUAUUAGAUUUAAUUUUAAUUGAAAAUGAAUAUAAUAAUUAUCAAAUCUUUAUUUGUGAAAUAAAUCCGUUAGCAGAAUUUGCUGGUACUGGAUUAUUUUCAUGGUUAAAUGAUCGAAAUAUUUUAUUAGGUCGUCAAGAAUUUCAAUUUCGUAUAAAAGAAAAUGAUAAUAAUGAAUAUUCCGAAGCGAAUGAACAAUGGUUAUCAUUAAUUAAUAAUUUCUAA